UCGACCGGGCGGGCCGCUGGGCACAAAGUCCAGGGGGCCAGCCAAGGAGGCAGCAGCCCGCUGGCAGCGCAGGUGGGGCCAGGCAAGAUGCCCCUGGGGCUGCGGAGAAAAAAGAAAUUCAACACCAAGGAGACCUCCCGGCUGGUGGAGGGCGAGCACACGGAGGCGGCUGUCCGCAGUCUGCCCAGCCCUCCGGCGCCCACCCGCAGGCUGGUUUUCCACACGCAGCUGGCCCACGGGAGCGCCACGGGCAGAGUGGAGAAUUUCUCCAGCAUCCAGGAGCUCUACGCCAAGAUCGCGGGCGUGUUUGAGAUCCCUCCGUCGGAGAUCUUAUACUGCACUUUAAACACACCUAAAGUUGACAUGGGAAAACUCUUAGGAGCACAAAUAGGUCUUGAAGAUUUCAUAUUUGCCCACAUAAAAGGGACCAAAAAAGAAGUGAAUGUGUAUAAAUCUGAGGAUUCACUUGGUCUCACUAUUACAGAUAAUGGUGCUGGCUAUGCUUUUAUAAAGAGAAUUAAAGACGGUAGCAUAAUUGAUUCAGUUAAAACAAUCUGUGUGGGGGAUCACAUUGAAGCCAUCAAUGAAGAAAAUAUCGUUGGGUGGCGUCACUUUGAUGUUGCUAAGAAGUUAAAGGAACUGAAAAAAGAGGAACUCUUUACCUUGACAUUAAUAGAACCCAAGAAGGCCUUCGAUAUGGAGCCCAGGUCAAAAGCUGGAAAGUCAUCAACAGGAAAGAUUGGCACGGGAAGGGAGACACUUCGUCUGAGAUCGAAAGGUCCUGCCACUGUGGAGGAAGUGCCUUCUGAAACCAAAGAAAAGGCAAUUGGAAAGGUUGAUGAUCUUCUUGAAUUAUACAUGGGAAUUCGAGAUAUCGAUUUAGCUACUACAAUGUUUGAAGCUGGAAAGGACAAAAGUAACCCAGAUGAAUUUGCUGUGGCACUUGAUGAAACUCUUGGAGACUUUGCGUUCCCAGAUGAAUUUGUGUUUGAUGUUUGGGGAGUCAUUGGUGAUGCCAAACAAGAAUGAUUAUGAUGUGAAUGAUCGACUCUGGAAGAAUGAACCAUUGUUCCUUAAGAGAAAAGUAAGAUCUGCCUUCAGACACUGUUAUGGACUCUGGCUUGGUUUUAUGUGUAUGAAUACAUUCUUCUGAAAUAUAGUCUUGAUUUUGGGGCACUUUUUUAAUGCAGUUGUAUAUGUAGCAUGCUUAAGAUAAAUUACCUCAAAUGUAACCAAUUUUAAUAUUCAUUCAAAAACUUUUUAAAAGUUAGUUUUAGAGAGUAUUUCUAGAUAGAUUAUUUUGUUUCCCAUUGACAGCUGUGUUUUGUUUUUCACAUAAAAGUUGAUUGCAGUAGCUUUGUAGUUCUUUUGCAAGGUCUUAAUGCAGUAAAAACUAGGAUUGCAGUAUAGUUUGCCUCAUAGCAUCUUCAUUUUGUUAUAAUAGUUUGAACAGGAUGGGUUCAGAACAUGAAAUGUGAAUUAUGCCUACUAGAUGUCUAGUAACAUAUAUUUUUUAAACCUGCUGAGUUAGGGGAGGAAGAUUCCUACAGCUUAUUAAAGUCUAGGGCCUACUUUCUGUCUUUGUUAAAACAAGGAUUGAUUAACUUUUAUUUUUUGCUUCUUUGUAAUUGCUUUCUUGAUUCUUAAACUUGUUGAAAUCUAUUGUGUUGUAUAUGUGUUUGCAUGUGUAGAAGAAGGCGAAAAAGAGGAAGAUAGCUUAGAAAACACUAAUGUUUGAUUUUUUUUAGCAGUUCUUACAACACUUUCUUUUCCACUCAUACCUAUUCUUAUGUUACCCUUUAUAAGCAUUCCAGAGAAAGUUUUUUAUAGUCUUUGUAGAACUUUUCUUUUGAAAGAUGUUUACUCAGAAAAUAGCUAUGUUUGAGGAUAUUUUUGGGGGUGGUUAAAGAGCAAAACUUUUAAGCCUCCUAAACUUUAAAGGAGAUACUAUCAGAACAGAUUUCCCCCAAGUGAAAAUGCAGGAGGAAGGGAAAGUUGAGAAAAAUAUAUUAUUCUAUUACUUUGGAGUUCUAAUGCACUCUCUCUAAAACCUUACAUUAUUGAGAAAAUUGAGGGUAAAUGACUGUCUUAUCACUGUUUCUUGACAUUUUACAGAUGUAAGGGAGAUGGAAAUGGAUGGUUUCAACAUAGAUCAUUUAAUAAGGCAGAGCAUGGUGUGACCAAGCAUUUUUCUAAAGUGUUAGAUGGAAAAUGCUGCAUGCUGCCAUAGUAAUCAGAAAUAAUAACCUGUGUGAGGUGUAUUCUAGGAAAUCAGAAGUAGUUCCCUUUUCAUGCUGGGUUAAUGCUUACAUAACUUGUUUUCUUGUGCAACUUCAGUUUUACUGCCUUCCACCCUCUUUUUCACAUACAUUUAAUUCUUUGAAGCUUGAUAUUCUUCAUCUCAUUGAUCUGAAACCUUCACAGAAACUGUCAUUAACAUGUAACAAAAAUAGUUUAGAGGAAGUGGAUUGUCUUAUUGCCCUUGCCCAUCAUUUGGAAAUAGGAUCCAGCCUAGGCUGUAGUCAUUUCUUGCUGCUUGUUUAGUGAAUUUCUUAUGGAGGUUCCCACAUACUGUUAAUUCUUAAUACCAUUUCUCAUGGACGAACAUACUAUAAAAGAGCUGAUAUUUUUAGGGAUAGGAAAGUUAUUGGAUGACUUAGGAGGCUCACAGAAAUAUUUCAGUUUAAACAAAACAUAAAUUUUUUGGCACUAGAUGUUAGAUUUUAGAUGAUGAAGCAUUGUUUAUUAUUGAUGCUGUCUGGUUCUCUUUCCCUCUUGGGUAUGGAUGAAUGCUGACACUUGGUGCAAAUUCCCUGUGAUUUAUGGAAUCUCAUAUUUACAAAGUAGUUGUCCUUACCAUGUCUGUCUAGAAUUUUGAUGUGUAAGGUACUGACAAUCAUGUACAAUUGCAACUGUAACUUGCUUGUUAACGUUAGAUGAGCAUUUAUCAUUAAGGGUCUUAGCUGGGCACAGGUGCUUUCCUAGUAAUAGAUUUUUGUCUUGAAAUGUUCUCUCUCAUGUCUACUGCUAAACUGAUAACAAGGUCAGUUUCUUUAUGUCAUUUUGUUCUUUUACCUGAAAAUAUAUCUCUUUUUGUGCCUUUGGUAAAAUUCCCAGUGCAUGAAAAAAACAGCUUUUCAGGUCUCACAGUCUACAAGAUGGGGCUACCCUUCUACUGCUACAAUGACACAGGCAUUUUUUAAACUGGGCCAUAUUUCUGGGAACCGCUAAACAUUUUCAGAACUCUGUUGUAUUUUCUCAAAGAACUUUUUUUUCCUAGUGGAGGAUGAUUGUUUUAUUCUUUUUAAAAUGUUGAUUCUUGUUUUAUUUAUUUAUUUUAUUCUUGUUUUCCUUUCACACAAAACAACACCUUUCAGUGACCACUAAGAGCUCACUCUGUUUUUUUUUUUUUUGGUGGAGAAAAUUCAAAGGAUGUUUGAACACUGGGUUCUUGAACGUAGCUUGGCUCUGACCAUGUCUACACAUUCUGAUGAUUACAAAUGAGUACAUUUUGGGUUUCUGUGAUGUUUCAGCAACACAGUUAUAUAAUUAUACCAUGUGAAACUCUUUAAGAAUUCAAUUAUAAAAGAUUUAAUCAGUUAACCUCUUUUUGGAGCUGCUGUAGCCAAUAGUCUAAUAUGACAGAUAUUUAGCUAAAUAGAGAUAAUUUU